AUGGCUGUAAAGACAUGCAAAGCGAACUUGUGGACGAAGUUUGAAUCACACUCCGCAUGCCUGUCCGUUCGGUUAUUCAACGGCUCAUUGGGCAGUGUCUGUGAAUGUGAACCCAAUUAUCGUUUCAACAACGUUACCCAACAGUGCGAAGACAUCGACGAGUGCGCUGAGAACCGUCACAACUGCGACCCGGCUUCGUCCACGUGCGUCAACGAGGAUGGAGGAUUCAGAUGCGAGUGCUACGAAGGCUAUGAAGGCACCGGUGGCGUCUGCGUGGAUAUUGACGAAUGCGAACGAGGUGUAGCUGGCUGUCACAGUAUGGCCAUGUGCAUUAACCAGCCAGGUAGCUGUGGGUGCAAAUGUGUCCAUGGAUUCACUGGUGACGGAACACAGUGCAACGCAAUGAAACGCGAGGCUAACACCACCUGCACACCGGAAUGGAUACGUCUUUGCAAAAAGGAGAACCGAACUUGUCACAUUGACGUCGACGACGUGCCAGAAUGUGGAUCUUGCCUUGAAGGAUAUCAGCUCGUCAACGGAACCUGCCAGCGCACGACCACAGACCAAGAUGGUGGUAACUGCGCAGAUCCCAGCAAGAAUAACUGCGAUGUGAACGCUGAAUGUAUCGACGUACGUCCAGGACGCCACUUUUGCACCUGUAAGAUCGGAUAUAUUGGUGACGGAAUGCGAUGUGACGAUAUCGACGAAUGUGCCCUGAACGGUAUUUGCGAUCCACAUGCCACUUGUCACAAUUCACCCGGAUCAUUUAAUUGCACGUGUAAUUCGGGAUACAUUGGCAGUGGACAUGUCUGUGAAGCCGUCAACACCACCAGUGGCACCAACAUAACUGAUCGACCCAACUGCCAUUUGGAUGCAAGGCUUUGCCACGCGAAUGCUGAAUGUAAGGCCGAUGGUAAUUGCAAGUGUCGUCAUGGAUAUGAAGGAGAUGGUAUCCAGAAAUGCACAGGUAAGCGAACCAGGUUCUGCUUUACUCAGGAAGAGUUUCUGCACAAGCACUAUUCAGAAAUCACAAACACAAGCACCACCUUCACUUCCACAUCUGCCAGCACCACUUUGCUCACCACUUCGACACCGAAUCCUAAAGGAAUCAUCACGGAAAUCGACGAGAACGAGGUUGUUCAGCUGAUACCUGGUGAUACAGGGCAGAAGACGACCGCCACACAGACGACGUCGUCGAAAGACCUUGGUAAGCAGAUUGCCAACCGUGGCUCUAUUGUAGGAUUUCAGAGCUCCACCGUUCAACCGUCUUCAUCCACCUCUUCACUCACCACCGAUCACGACCGAAAUCACACCACUAUCACUACCAGUUCGAUUUCUCCGAGCACCACUGAUCAUACCACACCUCUCAUUCACGAAUCAAGCACUAAAACUACUGUAACUGAAAGUAGUUCAGUCAGCACUGUGUCAGGUAUAGCGACAACUCAAAUGUCUUCCAUAACCCCAUCUAACCUCACCAGUGAUGGUGCUAAACCAACAACAACAACAUCUGUCCAUACUAAUCAACCUCAAGGAGUUCGUUCCACUUCUGACAUGCCUCGUGGCACAACAACAUCUUCGCGUAAUGUACAGGAAGUGACGAGUUCGAUGAUCAUUUUCAAGAAAUCUUCACGAGAACCUGAGGCCACUGAAGAACCACCGGAUGUUACAGCUUUUCCCACACCGCCUGACGAAGAGCUGCUUUCCUCAAGUGUCCUACACAGGGAAUCCACAACUUCACCGACAUCUCCUUCUUCGAUAUCUAACACCAUAGAACCUAGCAGUACUAAACCAACUACUAACGCGCUGGUGACGGCACCUGAUGCGGGAGUCAGCCGUACAGAAUCCACGACUCUGAAACCUUCUCAGAAUGUGUUGAGAACAUCACCAUUCCCAACUCCAAAGGAGUUGACUAUAGAAGAAAUGGCCGAGUCCAAGGACAAGCCAACUACUGCUGCGGUCACUUCUAAAUCCGAUGUGUUCAAAGAGGAGGGCUCCGGAGAAGAUGAGAUGACGACGCUGGAACCACUUUCGACUCCUUCAGAGGAAGGUCUCUCAAGCUCAGCUGCAACCGACGCAUCUUCUUCUCAAAGCACCACCGUUACAGAGGACAGUAACGCCACUCUGACUGUCGAAAGUUCUUCCUCUUCUUCGCUGGCAACCGUGGUUAUGUUGCUUUCAACAGAUGGCGAAAAGUCUCAUGCAAAAACCGCGACCACUCUAUCCCAUACCAGCAGAACUGAUCAGCACACUACAGCUAGUCCUGAGAAAGUCGUUACGUCUACAGUACCUUCCACAGAAAAAGAAAGGUCGAAAUCUGGCAGUACUGCUAGUGAGAUGACCACUGUAUCAAUGGCUAUGUUCACAGAAGAUCUACCGGAGACUUCUACAUUUGCAGUCGAAAUCUCUGUUCCUUUCACCAAAGGACAUAGGGCUAGUGUUGCAUCAUUCUCUGGGUCACCCAGUGCCACAUCAACACCAGGAGAAGUUUCUGGGUCAACUGAUGGAACUGAAGUUACUACGGCAACCAGCCCAGGAAAGGAAGCGCUUAAGACCGACAAGACCACUGAGGAACCGGCAGGUUUUCCUUCAACGACAUCUGCCAGUUUGACCGAGGAAACGCCGGAACUCUCUACCUUGGAGGUCGAAACAUCUGCCGCCGCGUUCACAAAAGCGCAUAGGGGUAGCACAACAGCGACCAGCGCCUCAGCUACUACUUCAUCAAGUACUGAGGAUUUGCAUUCCACUGGAGGUGAAAGUUCUCAGGGAACUACAGCCAUUCCAAAGGACAAUACGACUGAGGAGUCCAGCAUUGGAGUUAUGAAAAGAAACAGUCUCCACACCAUAUCAGCACAGAGUCACUGCGGAAGCCAGUACCACAUCGAUCCUAGGAAAGCUCAGGAGCUGACAGGUGAAAGUGCCGAAACAUCUACUCCUGCCGGCUCAGAAUCAACCCAUGCCUCUUCUUCAUCAUCUGAGGCGUCGGAGAGUCCCGGAGAAGCGGAAAGUACUACUGCAGGUCCCGUGGGAAGCACAGCAACCACGAGCCUUUCAACAGGAAACAAGCCAACUCGACUCACAGGCAUUCCACAAGAACCCCUGACUGAAAGGUCACUUUCACACCGCGUACCAAUUGAAGAGGUCACCCAUCCAACAACCUCUGGUAUUCCUAAAUCGGAUGAGUCUACAGAAAAUAGCAGUCCUGCCAUCACUCCAUCAUCACCGUUUAGUUCUCCCACUUCUACUGCCGAACCCACCACCACACCGGGAAGCACUUCUAGCGAAGAAACAGAUGGAACUACCACGGCUCCUCUUUUCUCGACCACAGUGCCCCAGCGCGACUGUCCCCCAGGAACUCACCGCCAACUCCUACUGAGAGCGCUGCCACUGAUUCGCCCACUACACCAGCGCCAGAAACCGCCACCGGAUCAUCGAACAAUAACAGUUCCUAGUUCAUCUGAAGCGUCUUUUAGGAGCACUGCCACCACAUCAGCACCCUUAAGAAUCACUGAGGGCACCACACUCACUGACAGCCCGCCUCACACCAUUUCUGCAAUUGAAGUCACAACCACCACCUCAGGAGACUUACCACCUCGAACUUCUUCCAUGACAACUACGUCCACUGUAAUCACUCACGAAAGAACCAGUCAGCCGCAGAGCACCACCACCACUACCACCACCGACGACAGCACUGAUGGGCCUGAGACCAUCACGACAAGCACAAGUCAAGCGUCGACAGCCGAGCCAUCGAGCGCUCUUCCAGCGGACACUUCGCGACCCACUUCAAGUCAACCUUCUCUCGGUUUCCAGACUACUGAAGGUGAACAGAGCACGACUUCUGCACCAACAAGCGCCACAUCGUCAGCGGUUCCGAACAAGGGUACUACCGUCGAACGAACCACUGGUGAUUUGACAUCGAGCAGCACUGGACCUGUUCAACCUACUGUUCCUAAUGAUCUAUCUCGUACUAAUACUACCACUAUUGUUACUACCGCAUCCACACCAACGUCUCAAAAGUCCAGCACCACGUCAGCCCCUGUGGCAACCACAACUGAGCACGGUGAGAAAAAGAGUUCAAAUAGCACUUCAAGCACUGCACAAAGUACUUCACCAUUGCACAAAAUCACGGAAAGCACUGUAUUCACAAGCACUGCACCUUCAUCUGAGGAAACUCUGAGCACUGAAGUCCCUAGAACCUUCGAUCGAGAGGGACAAAGUCAGGAAACUGGCAGUCCUGAAGAGACCGGAUACUCGGAAUACCAAAGGCCAUCUACACCUGAAUCGCCUCCGGGACCUGCUGAUAGGGUCAGUUCCACUCUAGAACCGGAUCAAGACAGAACCGAGAAGCCAGUUACUCCUGGAUCAGUGAGCGUGACCUCAAGACCUCCAGACCGUCAACCAUCAACUGAUUCACCAGCUAGAGUCACUGAGCAGCGAGGAACAUCUGACCUCACUACAAGAACGGACACUGGAGAAACUCGGCCGACUCCAUCAUUACCUUCUGAACCUGAUAAUAAGAUCAGUCCCACUCCAGGACCGGUUCAACCAAAAACCGGAAAGCAAGGUCCCUCUGGAUUGGUUGGCGUGACCUCAAGACCUCCUGACCGUCAACCAUCAACUGAUUUACCAGGCAGAGUCACUGAGCAGCGGGGAAUGUCAGAACUUACCACAAGACCGGACACUAGAGAAGCUCAGCCGAUAUCCACCGCUGAACCCUCAUCGGGACGACCAAGCCAAGUCACUGGGCCACGCAAGACCUUUGAGCUCACUCCAAGACCGGAUACUCGCAAUACCCAAAGGCCAUCUACACCUGAGUCGCCUCCGGGACCUGCUGAUAGGGUCAGUUCCACUCUAGAACCGGAUCAAGACAGAACCGAGAAGCCAGUUACUCCUGGAUCAGUGAGCGUGACCUCAAGACCUCCAGACCGUCAACCAUCAACUGAUUCACCAGGCAGAGUCACUCAGCCACGAGGAGCGUCUGAACAAACCCAAGACCGAAUGUUAUAG